AUGACUUCGAACAGCGAUGAAGCCGUGCGCCCCAACCUCCUCCUCCUCCUCACCGCCUACGCCGACACCACCCGCGUCACCCUGUCCAGCUCCGACGGGGCCUUCCACGACACCGUCACCCUCCGCAAAGACCAGACCUCCUCCGUCCACCUCCCCGGCGCCUUGGAGCUGGUCAACAAGAGGAUCUCCCAGAAGAGCCUCUUGGUCACGUCCAACAAAGACAUCUCCGUCGUCCUCACCAGCUCCAAGACCUACAGCAUCGGGGCCACCGCCGUGCUGCCCGUGGCCACGCUGGGCACCGAGUACUACGUGGUGACCCCCAACGACGCGGCCAAGGAAGGGUUGAAGGAAUUCGCCGUGGUGGCCGGGAAGAAACCAUCGAGCGUCUCCAUCAAAGUCAAGGGGAGGAUUUAUUUCCGCGGGAUGACCUACCGGUCCGGCUCCACGCUUUCCGUCCCCUUGGGUCCCUACCAGAGCUUGCAGCUCCAAAGCGAAGGCGACCUCAGCGGGACCAAAGUGACGUCGGACAACGCCGUGGCCGUCUUCAGCGGUCACACCUGCGCCAAGGUGCGCAGCGGCUGCGACUACACCGUGGAGCAGCUCCUCCCCGUCAGUGAGUGGGGGAGAGCCUACGUCGUGCCCCCCAACCCCGUGCAGAGAGCCCACGACCUCGUCUACGUCGUGGCGGCCAAGGCCACCUCCAUCUCCUACCAAGAAGGCGGCGUGGCCUCCACCAAGUACAUGGAGGCCGGGGACGUCCAAGUCUUCCGAACGAAGCUGAAUUCCCCGUUCUACGUGAAUUCUUCGGCGGUGAUCCAGGUGGUUCUCUUCUUCACCGGCGCCAAGGGCUACUUUACUUGGCAAGACCCCUUCCUCCUCGUCGUCCCGCCCGUCUCCGCCUACUGCACGUCCUACCGGUUCACCGGGUUGAACGCCUACAACCACGUCGUCCUCGUCACCCGCCACUCCGACACCGGCGCUAUCAUGCAACGCCAACAGAGCAUGACCAAUGUGGAAUGGAAGGAAAUCCCCGGCACGGAGUUCUCCUGGUCCGAGCUCAGGCUGAAAGGAGUGGAAGACACGUGGAGCAUCGAGUUCGAGUGCGGGACCUUUGGGCUGUUGGGUUUCGGCUUCACGAAUUACGAGGGUUACGGGUUCGCCGGUCUGUGUGCCACGCCUUCCUCCACGCUUUCCUGCUCUGACGUCUCCUGCAGGGAGCAGGAGCGGUGCGAGAUGGUGGAAGGAGAACCCACGUGCAUCCCGGAGACCUUCUCCACCUGCUGGGUCCUCGGCGGGCCCCACUACAAAACGUUCGAUGGGAAGACGUUCGAUUUCAUGGGCGGGUGCACCUACACCUUGAGCAUGACCUGCAACCAGGCCGUCGACCUGCCCUUCUUCAGCGUCGAGGUCAAAAACGGCCACAGGGGCAACGCCAAAUCCCCUUCCAUCGACGCUGUGAUCGUCCAAGUCUACAAUGUCACGGUCGUCGCGCUCAGGUCCGAGGAUGGAUUCGUGAGGGUGAACAACCACCGCACCCGCCUCCCCGUCUCCCUCGCCCACGGGAAGCUCCAGCUCCAGCAGAAGGGCAGGUUCGUCCUGAUAAAAACCGACUUCAUGCUGAAGGUCCUGUACAACUGGGGCGGCCACUUGGUGGUGAAGAUCCCCAGCUCUCACUCCGGCAAAGUGUGCGGGAUGUGCGGGAACAGCAACGGCGAUCCCAACGAUGACGCCCUCCUGCCCGACGGCACCUUGGCGCAGAACGCCGUGGUUCUGGGACAGGUCUGGAAGGUUCUUGGCGACGGCAGGAUCUGCUUGGAUAGCUGCAGCGGCGAGUGCAAGCAUUGCCAGCUGAGCGAGAGAGGGAAAUACGGGUCGGAGGCAUUUUGCGGAUUGCUCACCCAACGCUUGGGACCCUUCCAAAGCUGCCACGACGCCGUCAACCCCGAUAUCUACCUUAAAAACUGCAUUUCUGACCUCUGCGACUACGAAGGGCUCCACAUAAUUCUGUGCGAAGCGCUGAAUGCCUACGCGGACGACUGCCAGGAGAAGGGAAUCGUCGUGGCCGACUGGAGGACGUCGGCGCGUUGUUUUCCCUCCUGCCUGGAGAACAGCAACUACACGGCGUGUGGGUCCGCUUGCCCCACCACCUGCAACGACGCGGCUGCCCCGUCCGACUGCAGCGCAUCGUCCUGCGUGGAGAGCUGCGGGUGCGAGGAGGGCUUCGCGUUGGACGCCGGGAGAUGCAUCCCCAAAACCGAGUGCGGAUGCGUUUUCGGAGAUCGCCUCUACGGCCUCGGGGAGGAAUUUUGGGGGGACGACGGCUGCACCAAGCGUUGCUUCUGCGAGGGGGAGAGGAGGGCGGUGUGUUACAAAGCCAGCUGCAGAGCCAAGGAGGAAUGCGGGGUGAAGGAGGGCAUCCGGGGGUGCUACCCGACGAGUUGUGCGGUCUGCACGGCGGUGGGCGCCACGCACUACAGGAGCUUUGACGGCGAGAGGUUCGCCUUCCAGGGCACCUGCCUUUACCAGUUGGUUGGGUUGUGCAAGAAGAGCGGAGGUCUGGUGGACUUCCAGGUGUUGGUGCAGAACGGCCUCGGGGACGGCGGCUCUCCGCCCCUCAUCGCGCUCGUGAAGGUCAAGGUCUACGGGAAGAGCAUCACGGUCAGCCAGCAGGACCCCAAUAAAAUCACCAUCGAUGACCAGUCGGUCAACUUACCCUACUCCCACCACGGGAAGUUCCUGAUCUACAGAGGCGGACGGGGCGUCGUGAUAGAGACCGAUUUCAGCCUCAUCGUCACCUACGAUUGGCGCGGCGACGUCAGCGUGUCGGUGCCCUCCAUUUAUGAGGACACCCUCUGCGGGCUCUGUGGGAACUACAACGGGGACACGAGCGAUGAGAUGAUACUGAAGAACGGCCGUAUGACGUCCGACCCCAAUACCUUCGGGCAGAGCUGGAAGGUGGCAAACGUCCCGGGUUGCACGGAGCUGUCCAGGAAGGAAUGUCCCAACGCGAAGACCACCGUCAAGCAGGAGAAGCUUUGCGGGAUCAUCUCAAGGGCGGACGGACCCUUUAGAGAGUGUCACGCUACGGUGGAACCCUCAAAAUACGACCAGAAUUGCAAGAGUGACUUGUGCCUGUACCCGGCGCGGGAGGAGGUGGUGUGCCAACACAUCGCGCACUACGCUGACCUCUGCCAAGCUGCCGGAGUGACCAUCGAGGAGUGGAGGACGGAUGAUUUCUGCAGGAUGUCCUGCCCGGCCAACAGCCACUACGAGCUGUGCUCGCUGGACUGCGGCCAGACCUGCAGUAGCAUCUACACCCCGCUGCGCUGCACCGAGCGGUGUCGGGAGGGCUGCGUGUGCAACGAGGGCUUCGUGUUCAGCGGCGACGAGUGCGUCCCCAUGGCCAGCUGCGGUUGCCUCCACCAUGGUUUCUACUACAAGAUGGAAGAGGUUUUCCACCCCGCCGAGCGGGAGGAGUGCAAGUGCCAAGCUGGCGGCGUGGUGGUCUGCCAGGAAAUUCCUGCUCCUACCGCGACCAGCUGCAAAAUGGUCAACGGAGUACUCCAGUGCCCGCUGACCGCCGUUGGGACCUGCGUGGUCACGGGCGACCGCAGCUAUUUGUCCUUUGACGGGACGGCGUUUGAGCUCCCGGGCACGUGUUCCUACAUCCUCACCGAGAGCUGCACCAACAGUGACGACAUCAAACAUUUCGUCGUGAAAAUUAAGAAGGAUUCCAGGCAAAAAAAGAAGGUUUCCGGCGUUGAAGCGUUGUCCGUAGAAGUCUACGGGUUCACCUUGACCCUGGAGCGAGGGAAGAGGGGGACGGUCCUGGUGGACUCCAUAUCCCACCGCCUCCCGGCCAUCCUGGGCCAGGGGCAGGUCCAGGUACACCAAGACGGGAUGGGCGUUUGGCUUCAGACAGACUUCGGCCUCAUCAUACGCUACGACCUCCACCACCACAUUGCGGUCACGGCCCCGCCGGGCUACGAGGGCCACCUGUGUGGGCUCUGUGGCAACAACAACAGGAACAGCGAGGAUGAUUUCCUCUUCCCCGACGGCCACCCGGCUCCUAACGCCACCGCUUUUGGUUCCGGAUGGAAAACGCCCGACGUGGCUUGCGAGGAGAAAUGCUCCGCCGACGACUGCCCCGUCUGCAUAGAAGAGAAGAAGAAGAUCUUCCAAAAACCCAACUACUGCGGCAUCCUGACGGACCCCCACGGCCCCUUCUCCUCCUGCUCCAAGACCAUCAGCCCAGCCCUGUAUUUGGACGCCUGCAUCCGAGACCUCUGCCUUACAGAGGGGAACACCGACGUCCUGUGCCGGAGCAUCCAGAGCUACGCGUUCUCUUGCCAAGCUGCCGGUGUCACCGUUGAGGCGUGGAGGAAUCCAUCCUUCUGCCCCCUGAGCUGCCCAGCAAACAGCACCUACUCCCUGUGUGCCAACCUCUGCGCCAACAGCUGCGCGGGGCUCGCGGGUGCCUCCACGUGCCCCCAAACCUGCGCUGAAGGCUGCAGCUGCAACGAAGGAUUCGUCUUCGAUGGAGAGGGCUGCAUCCCCAAGGAGGGAUGCGGAUGCUUCGUGGAUGGGAGAUAUUACAAGCCCCACGAGUCGGUCCUGAAGGAGAACUGCCAGCGGCGUUGCACCUGCAUCCCCGGAAAAGGUUUGGAUUGCACCAGCCACGAAUGCACCGAUGACGAAACCUGCGAAAUCCGGGAUGGGACCAUGGGUUGCAUCAACCAAAACCCCUGCAAAGCCCUCGGGUGCCGGCUGAGGGAGAGGUGCAAGCUGGAGGACGGCCAAGCCAAGUGCGUCCCCACCUUGGUGGGCUCGUGCUGGGCUUGGGGGGACCCCCACUACCACACCUUCGACGGGCUCGAUUACGACUUUGAAGGCACCUGCACCUACACCAUGGCUGAAUUCUGUGGGAACGACCCCAGAUUGGUGCCCUUCAAGGUGGUGGGGAAGAAUCAUAUCCGGGGUGGGGUGAAAUCCAUCUCCUACGUCAGCUUGGCUGAAAUUGAGGUCUACGGGCAGCGCAUCUCCAUCCAUUGGAGGGAAGUGGGCAAAGUCAGGGUGGACGGCGUGCUGACCCUGCUCCCGGCCAGCCUGCAAGACAACAGGGUGAAGCUCUACCAGAGCGGGCUGGCGGCGGUGCUCGAGACGGAUUUCGGCCUCCGGGUGAUGUACGAUUGGAACUGGCACCUGGUGCUCGACCUCCCCAGCAGCUACUCCGAGCAAACCUGCGGCCUCUGCGGCAAUUUCAACCUGGAGCCAGAGGACGACAUCCCCGUGCAGGGGAACCUCACCGCUUCCAUCAUCUCGUGGGCCUCCACCUGGAAAGUCCCCGACGAGGACCCGUUCUGCUGGGAUUUUUGCGACGGGGAGUGCCCGGUGUGCGAAGAGGAGAAGAGGGAGCUGUAUUCGGGCAACCAGUACUGCGGGCUGAUCAAAAAGAGCUUCCAGGGACCCUUCAGGGCUUGCCACGACGUCGUCAGCCCCCGAGAUUUCUUCCGGAAUUGCCUUUACGAUGUGUGCAUGAGCAACGGAGCGAAGAAAAUCCUCUGCAAGACGCUGGAGACGUACGCGUCCACCUGCAGGAAGCACGGGGCGGCGGUGCACGACUGGAGGACGCCGUCGAGAUGCCCGCUGCCCUGCCCCGAUCACAGCCACUACGAAGCCUGCGGCAGCGCCUGCCCGGCUACCUGCAGCAACCGAGACGCCCCGAAAUCUUGCACCCAACCCUGCGUGGAAACCUGCGCUUGCGACGCGGGUUACGUCCUCAGCGGAGCUCAGUGCGUGCCGGCCUCCAGCUGCGGUUGCACCCACGACGGUCUCUACCGCGCUCCGGGAGAGGAGUUUUGGGCGGACGAGACGUGCCGCUCGCGGUGCCGCUGCGACCCGGCCCUGGGGAUGGUGAUUUGCCACGAGGGCAGCUGCAAAGCGGGCGAGCAGUGCCGGGUGGUGAGGGGCGUGAGGCAGUGCGUGGCCACGGGGCGCUCCGUCUGCGUGGCCACCGGGGACCCCCACUACACCACCUUCGACGGGCGACGCUACGACUUCAUGGGGACCUGCGUCUACCAGCUGGCCGCCCUCUGCUCGCCCGACCCCACGCUCGUCCCCUUCAACGUCACCGUGGAGAACAACCACCGCGGCAGCCAGGUGGUGUCCUACACCAAGGAGGUCACCUUGAAGGUCUACAACGUCACCCUCAGCCUCAGCCAGGCGGAACCCAAUAAACUCAAGGUAUUGGGGGCGGGGGGGGGAGGGGGAAGAAGGGGGGAGAACGGAGGGGAGGGGUUGAAGUUUGCAGGAAAGCUUCGGGCUUGGCAAGUGGCACCGCGGCUUUGCAACUGCAAGAGCUGCGGGAAGCUUUUGCAAAGGCGCUGCGGCUUUGCAACGGCAGGCACUAAACCAUCCCUGCGGUGCACCCUGCAAGAGGAACCACCUGCAGCUUUGCAAAACCUCCUUUGCAACCCAACCCCCAACUUUGCAGGCCCUGUGUGCCCCCCGAAGCAGCACUACGAGCUCUGCGGCCCCGCCUGCCCCUCCACCUGCCCCAACCAGGAGGAAGACGACGGCUGCGACGCUUCCUCCCCGUGCACCGAGGGCUGUUUUUGCGACGCCGGCUUCUUGAAGAGCGGCUCCGGCUGCGUCCCGGCGCCGCAGUGCGGCUGCUUGCACGAGGGCCGCUACCUGCAGCGGGGCGAGGAGUUCUACCCCUGCGAGCGCUGCAGCGAGCGGUGCGUGUGCGAAGGGAACGGCAAGGUGCGAUGCGAGCCGACGAGCUGCGGGGCAAACGAGGCGUGCACGGUGCAGGACGGGGUGAGGGGCUGCUACCCCGACGGCUGCGGGCGCUGCGAGGUGCUGGGGGCCGCCACGUUCCGCACGUUGGACGGCGCGCUGUUGUAUUUCGCCGGGACGUGCACCUACACGUUGGCUGAGGUGGCGGAGGGGGGAGAGGAGGAGGAGGAGAAGCUGGAGCCGUUCCUGGUGCGGGUGCAGAAGGAGAUGAACCGAGCGGAGCCCCUGGUGCGGCAGCUGCUGGUCACGGUGCACGGCGUCACCGUCAGCUUGCAGCGGGGCGUGAGCGGGGAGGUGAAGGUGGACGGCGAGCGUCACCUCCUCCCCGUGUCCGUCGCCUCGGACGCGGUGACGGUGACACAGGAGGGGAUCCACCGGGUGCUGAGGACACGGGGGGGUCUCAAGCUUCUCUACGACGGUGCCACCUACGUCCUGGUGACGCUGCCCAGCACCUACCAGGGCCGCACCGGCGGCCUCUGCGGUGACUUCGACGGUAACGUCGCCAACGACGUCACCGACCCCCAGCAGCUCGGGGACAAGUGGGGGAUCCCCACGCAGGGGUGCGUGCACGGGUCGCCGUUUUCCCCCUGUCCCCAGGUGGAGAAGAGCGGGUGUGAGAUGCUGGAGGACGCGGCGGGGCCGUUUCGGGGGUGUCACAAGGUGGUGACGCCGAGGGACUACGUGGAGAGCUGCGGGAUGGAGAUGUGCAGGAGAGCAGGUCGCUGUCCUGCCCUGAGGGCACCCACCCCCAGCUCUGCACCCCACCCUGCUCCCAGACCUGCACCAGCCUCACCUCCACCCCCCCCUGUGGCUCCCAGUGCUUCGAGGGCUGCGUGUGUCCGGCAGGAGAGCUGCUGAACGGGGACGAGUGCGUGACCCCCGACAGCUGCGGCUGCCUGCACCGCGGGCGCCUCUUCCAGAUCGCCGAGACCAUCCUCUCCGCCGACUGCAGCGAGGUCUGCACGUGCCGCGCCGCGGGGGGCAUGCAAUGCACGCCGUUCGGUUGCCCGUUCGGCCAAGUUUGCACCUUGGACAACGGCGUCCGAGCUUGCAAAGAGCAACCGGGUCGCUGCACCCUGAUCCCUUCGUCCCGUUUCAUCUCCUUCGACGGCAACACCGGGGCCACCACGGCCCCCGGGAUCUACGUGGUGACUUCUCUUUGUCGCCCCGCUCACUCCCAUUGGUUCCGGCUCCUGGCUGACGUGGCGGAGGACGAGGACCGGCCGCUGGUGGUGGCACUGCACCUCUUCAGCCGGGCGGCGUUCGUCACCGUCAAGAGGGACAAGAGGCUGUGGGUAGGUGGCCCUCCGUGCUUUCGUCACCCUGCCCUUCCUUGGAGACGAAACCGGUGGGUUUCUUGAGAAAGAAGCACCCAU